GAAAAAAAUUAUUUGUUGGGUUUAUCAUGAAUAUAAUUGAGUACAAAUAUUGGAUGUAUUUAUACAAUGAAAGUUCAUUGAAAAAGUUUAGCACCCAAUUAUAUAACCAGGGGUCUAUGGGCAGUAAUAUAUCCAUAGUCAUGGGGACUUUUGUGGUGCAGUGAACAGUAGGUAGUAGGUUCAUUUUCAACUAAUGCAUUUUGUCACUAUUUGCAUUAGGCUUGUCAGGAACUGCAAAUGGUUCUAAUAGGAUGAGUCAUGUUUUUAAAAUGAUUUUUAAAACGGGGAGGGGGACCAAUCUGGUCAACAAUAGUAAAGAUUUCCUUUCCUGUCAGCUGCAUUAUAUUCCUCCCCUUCAGUGUUAAGUAAGUUUUUCAUUUUAAAGGCAACUGCAGUCCUUACCAACUCUCAUAUGGUAUCUUCUCUAGAAAUUCCCUGCCCAUUUACUCUAUUGCUGGCCUUGACUGAGCAUGACUUGAAUGCUAUAGUUAGCACUAAAUUUUGAGUGGGUGGAAAAUAUGAGGUGCUCCUUUAAAAUCCUUCCUUCCUUCCUUCCUUCCUUGAAACAUCCAACAUCCCAAUAAAGCUUACUGCAAAGCAUCCUUAUUUUUUAUGCAUGACUUCUGUAGGUUUCAUACUCAAAAAAGGGUCAUGCAGAUAAUGAUCUCUGUGUCUUUUCUAACAUCAAAAUAUUUUUUCCUUCAGUCACUAAGCACAGGGAACAGUCCCUGUCUGAACAGAUGGCAGGUCCAAGCAUGCAGCUUUAGUUCAGAAGGCUGUGAAAUGGAGCAUACAAAUCCCAGCAUGCAACGCUUCAAAGGAAUGGCUCGACGCAGAGAGACAUUCUAGACUACAUACCCCACGAUGCUUCUCGGAAGCCUGGCCAGUUUUCCUGUCUCGUUUCUGUCGUAGCGCCUUUAUGGGACCUGUAGUCCUGGUGCCUUAACCCCAUCUUGUUCGCCGCGGUUCAGAGCUCUGCGCAGGCGCAUAGGUCCUGGGAGGCCGUUCUUGUAGCUUAGCGAUGUCAUAAAGUUUCUCCUUUGAGGAGGGAAGAGCAAAGCCGAAGCGCUGUGAGGAAAAGAGGGCGGGACGGCGCUGAGGAGAGGCGAAGCGGUCGCUGGUCUGGUUGCGCCGGAGGCUCCGCGCGAGUGAGGACCAGCUGGGCCGAAGCAGGUCUUCCCGCCCAUUUACUGCGCCCUGCGGAGGAUCGCGCCGCCUCGGUGGAGGCGGAGGGUUGUGCGAGAGGGAAGCGGGCGAAGGUACGCGGCGUGGAAGAGCGGAGGAAGCGGGGGAAGUGUAAUGUUCAGGUUCAGAAAUGCCUUAUGUGGAUCGUCAAAAUCGUAUUUGUGGUUUUUUAGAUAUUGAAGAAAAUGAAAACAGUGGUAAAUUUCUGCGGAGAUAUUUUAUAUUGGAUACAAAAGAAGAUAAUUUGGUAUGGUAUAUGGAUAAUCCACAGAACCUUCCCUCUGGAUCUCCACCAGUUGGAUCCAUUAAGCUUACCUACAUUUCAAAGGUAAGUGAUGCAACUAAGCUGAGGCCAAAGGCAGAAUUCUGUUUUGUCAUGAAUGCAGGAAUGAGGAAAUACUUUUUACAAGCCAAUGAUCAGCAAGACUUAGUUGAAUGGGUAAAUGUCCUGAACAAAGCUACCAAAAUCACAGUACCAAAGCAGGCUGACUCAUUGUCUCAUACUGAUAAUGCAUUGCGUCAUUCUGAAAAUGUGGGAAUAAAAAAACAAAUGUCUUACAGAACAGAAAUUGUUGGUGGUGUUCCUAUAAUCACUCCCACUCAGAAAGAAGAGAGAAAUGAAUGUAGUGAAACUGAUAAAAACUACUUGAAACGGUCCCAAAGCCAUCUUCCAUACUUUAGUGCUAAGUAUCCUCCAGACAAUGCUGUUAUCAAAGCUGGCUACUGUGUUAAACAAGGAGCUGUGAUGAAGAACUGGAAAAGAAGGUAUUUCCAGCUGGAUGAAAACACAAUUGGCUACUUUAAAUCAGAACUGGAUAAGGAGCCUCUUCGGAUAAUACCACUGAAAGAAGUUCAUAAAGUCCAAGAAUGUAAACAAAGUGAUAUUAUGAUGAGAGACAAUCUUUUUGAAAUUGUAACAACUUCUCGAACAUUUUAUGUACAGGUAAGUCUUACCUUUGUGCAUUUUAUGGAAGAAAACAAACUUCAUUUCCUUUUAAAUAAAUGGCAGCAUACUAUUUUGCAACUAAAAAGAACAUGAGCUGGGGACCCCCAGUUUGGAGAGAACUAAUGGGAACAUCUGGAGUUUUGAGA